AUGGUCUUUUAUUACACCUCAGUUGAAACACCUGCAGACGAUGAUUUCGGUCUUUCUGACUCAAUAUCAAGAAUAAUUUAUAUGGGUAAAGACAAAUUUGAAAAUGUCCCCUUAAUCAAGCAUUCGCAUCCUAAAAACUUGUGGUUCCAUGUAGAUAACUACUCCUCAGCUCAUGUGUACUUGAAAACUACCGAAGAGGAACAGUUGCAAAAUUUCGAACUGUUGCAGAUUUCCGAUCUGCUUUUACAGCUGUUGGCUCAGUUCACUAAGGCAAACUCGAUAAAGGCCAAUAAAGUCAAUAAUAUUACUAUCAUAUACACUCCGGUGGAUAACUUGUACACAGAUGGAUCGAUGGAUGAUGGAACGGUAACUUUCAAAAAUCCAAAGAAAGUGAAGAAGGUGUUUAUUAAUAAAAAAGACAACUCUAUUGUAAAUAAGAUAACCAAAACCAAAACUGAAAUCUCCACUGACCAAUUCAUCAAGGAGCAGAACGACUUGAUUGCAGAGUAUGAGCGUGAGAAGAGAAGAAAGGAAAGAGAACUGGAAAAUGAGGAGAGAAUCUUGGCCAAGCAGUACUUAGAGCAAAAGCAAAGAAAUAAAGACCCCUACGGUGAUUUAUUCACUGAAGAAAAUGUCAGGAUGAACGACCCUGCUUACAAAAGUGAAAACUGGUUAGAAGAUGACUUCAUGUAA